CUUUCGUCGUCGUCCUUUCAGAAAUAGCAAUAUCCACUUUAUUGCUGGCCUCGCGACACUGGCCGACACUCUUGACUUUGAUCUCUUCUUGCACAGAUCUGUGCACUGCAUAGCUUGUUCUUUACUCUCUCUCUCUGUCUCUUGUAUCCCCUCCCAUCACACACACUCCCUUCCCCUCUCCCUCCUUUCUUUCCGCCGCUUCCCGGCCGGCACUCCCCGUCGACAUCAUGUCCAACGCCAGAUACCAGCAGGCGCCUUACCAGGACUCGCACUCGCCCGACCCCCACUACGGUGGCGGAGGCAACAAGCCUUACCAGGACUAUGACAAUGGAGGUACUGGUUACCGAUCAAACGAGUGUGAGUAGGAGAAGGCCAGCAAAGAAGUCGUCAGGUCGAGACGGGAGGGGAAAGUGCGUUUGGCCUUGGUUUUUAGGCGGCUACGGGCGGGCAUGGGGUGUGAGGAGGGUGGCAAGGAACGCGUACGGCUUGGCGACAGGGGCGAGACACGCACACACACUGACACGCUACUCUGCUUUGCCGCGGCACUUGUUUGCGCGACAACGACCAAUCUGCCCGCCGCACCGCCCUCCUCGACCACUGGCUGCUACCCUGGCUUCUCACAAACCCACACUACACACACACACCACUCCUUCAAUCACUCCUCACUCCGCUCACCCCCCUUCCUUCCCUUCCCUCGUCACCGCCGCAACGCACAUACUCGUGCACCCCUCACUCUUUCCAUUUCGACACUCUACUCUUUUCGACCGUCCUUCUCUCUCACCUCCUCCCACCCCCACCCGCCACCAUGUCGCGCGCCGACGACGCCUCUGGCGACUCCAUCCUUCCCCAACACAAAGACCCCAUGUCUAACAGAAACCCCUACGCUGCGACCUCGUCUGAGCCCCGCUACGAGAAGCCCAAGAAGUCGCGCAAGGGCCUCUGGAUCCUCCUCGGUCUCCUCCUCGCCGUCGUCAUCAUUGUCGGCGCCGUUCUUGGCGGUGUUCUUGGCUCGCGCGCCUCCAAGAGGAAUGGCGACAACAGCAACGGCCACGACAACUCGAAUGGUAGCGGCAGCAACGGCGGCGGCAGCUCGGGCGGCGCCCACGGUACCAACUUCCCCACUGGCACCAAGGGCGCUGCGUCGGGCAACACUGGCCUCCCCUCGCUCGCCUUCCUUGGCACCAACCGUGCUGUUGAGACCCAGACCGGUGCCAACGGCCAGGUCUACCUUCCCAUCGCCACCGACACGUACAUGAACCCGGGCUACGCCACUGGUACCUUCACCUCGGGCCUCGCUGCUCCUACCCACGUUGCCUCGCCUGGCACCAACGGUGCCUGGCCUGCCGACAACUUCCAGGCUUCCAAGUCUUCGAUUCGCCCUCACCCCCGUAUCAUUGCGCCCCAGUACAAGUGGGACGCUCUUAAGAACGGGCUGAUUGCUGGCGACCCCUACCUCUCGUUCUGGAACGCCACUAUUGUCGCCAACGCAACCAAGUUACUCGGCGGCGCCACUGUCGCCUACGAGGUUGACGGUGGCCUUGAUGGAUCGGGUAUCCUCGACGUUGCUCGUGAGAUCAAGCUCAGGAUCAAGAACCUCGGCUACGCGUGGAAGAUUACUGGCAACACCGCCUUCGUUGACCAGGCUUGGGCCGAGCUCAACAAUGCUGCCACUGGCGCCAACUUUGGCGCCAACGACAACACUCGCUGGAACCCCCAGGGUCACUUCCUCGACACUGCCGAGAUGACCUCUGCCUUUGCGAUUGGCUACGACUGGAUGUUUGACGCCUGGACCGAUGCCCAGAAGACGACCAUCCGUACUGCCAUCCUCAACAACGGUCUCCAGUGGGGUCUCAACGCCCUCACCCAGUCGGUAGGCUACAACUGGUGGACUGGUGUCGCCCCCGGCAAAGGCAACACCCUUAUCGACGGCAACUGGAACUGUGUCUGUAACGGUGGUCUCAUCCUUGGCGCUCUUGCUAUCGUUGACGAGGACUCGUCCAACACUGCCUCGCAGAUCCUCAGCCUGGCUCCUGCCUCUUCGCAGGCCAACUGCUUCCAGGGUGCCUACAACGACGGCACUUGGGCCGAGACUGCCAACUACUGGUACUUUGCCACCACCGGUGCCGCCGAGAUGGUUUCGGCUCUUACCACUGCCUACGGUGACGACGGUGGCCUGGCCAACUCCAACCCUGGAUGGUCGCUCACCUCGCUCUUCCACAUCUACGUCACUGGCAUGACCUCGCUCUUCAACUAUGGUGACCACGGACCCAACAAGUUCUCGACGACUGCCAACUCGCUUCUCCUCUGGGGCUCCCUCUUCAGCCGUCCCCUCUACACCCUCUUCCAGCGUGACCGCUACGACGCGUCUGAGCCCUUCUCGAUGUUCUGGUACGACCCCACCGUCGAGGGUGCUUGGUGGAACGGCCUCGCGAUUGACGCCAACUUCAACGACACGCGUGGUGCCUGGGCUACUGCUCGUACCUCUUGGACCGACAACUCGGGUGCUUUCUGGGCCAUCAAGUCGAGCGAGCUCCUCAACCACCAGACUCACGGUGACCUCGACUGCGGUGACUUUGUCAUCGACGCUCUUGGACAGCGCUGGGCAGGCGAGUUUGGCUCUGGCCAGUACCUCUCGCCCAACUACUUCUCCAACGAGACGCAGACUUCGGAGCGCUGGUCGUACUACCGCAAGCGCACCGAGGGCCAGAACACGAUCCUGCUCAACUAUUCCAACCAGCUCGUCUCCGCCAAGCCCGUCAACACGUUCGGUUCCACUGGCACCACGCAGGGUGCUGCCCCCAGCCUCGAAAUCCAGCAGAGCGACUCUGCCUUCUUUGUUACCGACAUGUCGUCUGCCUACCCUUCGAGCGCCAAGCGUGGUAUCCGCUUCGUCAAUGGCCGCAAGCAGAUCCUCCUUCAGGACGAGAUUGCCGCGCCUACUGGCCAGGAUGUCAUGUGGCGCAUGCACACCAACGCCACUGUCACUGUCAGCGGCGACGGCACCUCUGCUAGCCUUGCCCUUGGUGGCCAGACCCUUGUGGCCAACAUUGUCCAGGCUCAGCCCGCCGGCCUCAAGUUCUCUACCCAGAAGGCGACUCCCCUGUCGCAGGACUCGCCUGCCGGUAUUGUCGACCCCGUUCCGGCUCCUGGCAACGACCCCGUCACUGUGCUUGUGAUUGACAACACUGGCGGUGGUCAGACCAACAUCCAGGUGCUGUUCACUCCCCAGUGGCCUGGUGAGCAGCUUGGCACGAGUGUCAACAAUGUCGCCCUGGACCAGUGGAACCUGGGCAGUCACUAAGGAGUGCGGCAAUGUUGUUACUUUUAUGUACUAGCCCAAAUCUGCUUUCCAGCCCUGUGGAAGCAGCCUGACGUCCUCAUAGCCACGAUCCUUUAGCACGACCCCCUCACCACCCUCCUCCUACCCUGUUUGAGAUUUAUACUCUCUUCGCCCACCCUUUUUCGCUUCGCUGCAUGCAUGGACAAUUGGAGAG